GAUCCCCGCUCGGCUGUUGUUGAUACCUGAAGUUGCUGCGGCUCGGAACCUGUGUCGCUCUGUCUCCGCUGCGGGACAUCGAGGACGUGAGACGGGGGGACACGCUGGACAUUUCCACACCCGCGAAACGAGUGUCGGCGAGCGGAGGUGGUGCCGUCGUGAGGACUCUGCAGUUAGCGGCGGGAGGCAGCUAGCCCUCCGGGAGCUGGAAGCGAAGCAGCGGCUGGACGGGUUCUCUUUGUUUGUGCGGUGCCGGGUCUGAAGCGCAACAUACACCCCCCCCCCCCCCUCAUUUUCUUUUCAUGACUCUCCUCCGCAAAGACUCUAUCUGUGUUUACACUUGGUUAGCAUCAGGCUAAACAAGGGGAGCAGCUAGCCCGUAAGCUAACGUUAGCACAUAGCGGUGUUGUCUAGCUCUCGUAGCCGUGUGACAGUGACAGAUAAGGACCCGGGGAGCAGGCUGGUGCUCGGGGGGAAUAGAUCCGUGCCUCUGGGUGUGUUCAUCAUCUGUGUAUCACUGGAUCCGGUUGGACUGUCAAUCAACAAGCUGGUGUUGACUUGUUACUUUUGAAACCCAGAUUGUUUUUGUUCUGAACCCUUUUGUGUGACUCUGGUUUUGUAAACAAGCUGCAGGUUCAGUGACAGCUGGUUCUCCCCGUGGUUGCGUCACCUGUUUACGUGUCAGUCACUGUUGAGUAACCUGUUACUUUGUAUUUAAUAGUAUGUGUAUUUGAAAUCUGAGGUUUUGCUCUCAGCCCUAGUUACACGUGUUUUUGUUUUUUUUCAUUCCAAAUAUUUAAACCUCGUCGUUCAGCUCCAUGUCAGCGACCUGACAUGUGACUGAGGAACUCAGUGUGUUUCUGUUCCACUGUAACUCACAGGUCCAGUCUUUAGAGAAGCGAGUAGAGAAGAGUUAUGAAUUGAAGCAGCCACCUUGUUAUAAGUGUGAGACAGUAGUGUGACCAGAGAGAGAGAGAGAAGGAGGGAUAGAUAGAGAGAGAGAGAGAGAGGAAGGGUCCCUCAGGGUCCCACUGUGUCUUGAGGUGAGCUGCCCCCCCACCCAGUACUUGCCAAUGCUGGAUCUGGAGGUGGUGCCUGAGAGAUCACUAGGAAAUGAGCAAUGGGAAUUCGCCUUAGGGAUGCCAUUGGCCCAGGCCAUCUCUAUUCUACAGAAACACUGCCGCAUCAUCAAAAACGUCCAGGUGCUAUACAGUGAGCAGACACCACUCAGCCACGACCUCAUACUGAACUUGACUCAGGACGGGAUCAAACUGCUGUUUGAUGCCACAAACCAGAGACUCAAGGUGAUCGAAGUGUAUGACCUGAGCAAAGUCAAGUUGAAAUACUGUGGAGUCCAUUUCAACUCUCAGGCCAUCGCCCCUACAAUAGAGCAAAUAGACCAGUCGUUCGGAGCCACGCACCCCGGAGUUUACAAUGCCGCAGAGCAAUUGUUCCAUCUCAACUUUCGAGGACUGUCCUUCUCCUUCCAGCUGGACUCUUGGAAUGAAGCCCCGAAAUACGAGCCUAACUUUGCCCUGGGUUUGGCCUCCCUGCAGAUUCCACACGGGGCCAUGGUCAAGAGGAUGCACAUCUACACUGGCAACAACCUGCAGGAAACAAGAGCUCCGGCGAUGCCAGUGGCUUGUUUUCUUGGAAACAUCUACGCAGAGUGUGUGGAUGUCCUGAGAGACCGGGCUGGAGCUCUGGGGCUCAAACUCCACCUUCUCACUGCAGGUUGUGGUCCAAGUGUGAUGGCGGAUUCUAAAGUGAGGUCUCUAGAGAGGAGCAUCUACUUUGGAGAUUCCUGUCAGGAUGUGCUCGGUGCUCUGGGCUCUCCACAUAAAGUUUUUUACAAGUCCGAGGACAAGAUGAAGAUUCACUCUCCAUCGCCUCACAAGCAGGUUCCUUCUAAAUGUAACGACUACUUCUUCAACUACUUCACCCUUGGAGUGGAUAUCCUGUUUGACUCAACAACUCACCUGGUGAAGAAGUUUGUCCUGCAUACCAACUUCCCGGGACAUUACAACUUCAACAUAUAUCAUCGAUGUGACUUUAAGAUUCCACUAGUCAUCAAAAAAGAAGGAACUGAUUCCCAGACAGAGGACUGCAUCUUAACCACCUACAACAAGUGGGAUCAGAUUCAGGAGCUGCUGGGUCACCCGAUGGAGAAACCUGUCGUGCUCCACAGGUCCUCCUCAGCCAAUAACACCAACCCCUUUGGCUCCACGUUCUGCUUUGGACUGCAGAGGAUGAUCUUUGAGGUGAUGCAGAAUAACCACAUAGCAUCAGUGACCCUGUACGGUGCUCCGCGGACCACCGGUCAGGCCCGACCCGAGUCCAGCAGUAGUUCCCACUGAACAAGCAACCAGAACCACAUCCCAUUCUGGCCUGUCCUGAAUCUAGUACCUCUACUGACUGAACCUCUAACACGGAGCCAGAUUCUUAACCAAGCAGACCUGACCCGGGACAAAAAAGCUAUUCUUGCUCAGCUCAGACGAUGAGUGGAAACACAACAAGAACCCAAGGAACAACCAAAUCCGACCUGACGCUAAUCAGCUCCUCAAGAGUGGGUACUAAGAUUUAUUCUUCCAAUCAGACACAUCCAGCAUAUCCCAUGACAUCCAGGAUCUACCUACAUUAUCCCAGUGCUGGAGCAUUCAUGCUUUGAAAUGUAACAAGUGAAAUAUUUCCCUGGUUGUGAGGAAAUGUCACUGUGGUGCUGCAAACUGAUGAAGUGAAGAAAUCUGCGUUGUGGUAGAGCUCAGCUGUUUCCUGUCUCCAUCCUGUGACUGCAUCCGCCCAGGAGCACAGACGACCACAGACUGAAGUUUGGAACGGCAAGGUUCCACCAGUGAGAAGAACCACGACUGUAAAACCUCCACGACGGUGUGGUGGUGAGACUGCGAGCGUUUGAAUUCAUCUGCUGCACAUUUUAAAAGACAACAGCUGUGAGGGCAACACGGCCGCCACUGGAAACUGCUGUGGCCAAAGUCUUGAAGCGAACUUUGGCUCGACCCACUGACGCCACAUCAUCCGACCACACUGCCAGCCCGGACCGUACCGCCUGUCUUCCUGCCUCAACUGCAUAAUCAGACCUGACUGGAUCGGUCCGAACCACGAGAACCAAACCAACCCAGCCCGACCAAGACGCCAUCAGAGCCAAACACACACACACACACUGCAGAGGACUGAAACCAAAACACAGAAACACACACAGAAAUCUGAGAGUCUGUUGAGGAACCAAACACACUCAGGGUGUGGACAGAGACGUGGCCCAGGACGUAACCCCUCCAAUAGACGAGCCAAUCAAACUAGACGAUCCAAACGUCACCUCCUGAUUAUUGUCUCCCUCCUCAUCUUCUAACCCGUCCUUCAACUUUGUUCAGUGGUGCCCUCGAAGACACAAAACACACACAACACACAAAACUCAAAAACAUCAGCGAACACUGUAAAUCCAAAGCUGUUGCAUGCAGCUCUGGACAUUAGCUCCUCACACUCACAAGUGAAGAUUUGCAUGUGCUCGGCCGCCGAUCAACAUUUCAGGACAUCAAUUCUAAAGCACAGUUACACAGCAACAAGCAACAAUCUGCUCACUGCUGUGUCCUUCUAACAUUUAAAACCUGGCUCCUCUUGUGUAGCCUCAGCAGAGCUAACACAAAACACGGGAACACGCAGGCAUGACACGAGGUUUGCAUGAACCUGGCCGAUGCUUCUGAAAGGGAAGAGACUCGUAACGAGAUCAAACCGGCAGCCGGCUGUGCUGAUUUGAUCCUGCAUGUUGUGAAGAGGCGUCGACCUGGAACGCACUUUGUUUUGAUAUUUCCCUUUGUCCCUCUUUCCCACCUGUGACCAUUUCCAUGAUGAUCAAUGUUGAUUGCGUCAAAUCCAUUUUGUACAUUUGCACUAAUACACACCUUCAUACUUGACCGGACGAUUGUGCACAUACUCAGACGUGGAGUCAUGGAGAAAGAGCGGUGUGUGUGAUGUGUGUGUGUGUGUGUGUGUGUCUCACAGGCCACAUUUGGGGAAAGUCUCGGUACUGUAGCCAUGUUCCUUCCUUCCAUCCACUAUCUCUACAGCUUAUCCUUUAAAGCUGGGAUUGGUGAUCCUAGGAAAUUCAGCCAGAGAAGGAUACACUGAUAAAAUGAAGCUGACCCUGUCCCGUCUUCACCGUGAGCAUAGUAACGCCAGGAUUCAAACCCGGAUCCCUCGUGUUAUGAGCUGUUCGUGCUUACCACUGCACCCCCAUCCCACCCAAGCCAUGUUCUUCUCCGUUUAGGGAAAACCCUUAUUGUUGGGUCAAUAGAUAAGUUUAGGUUUGAGUUAAAUCUGCAGGAAACGAACACAAGUCUUUGUAAUGUUCCCGAACGUGACCUGUGACGUGUCCAUUUGAACAGAGGCGUCCAUGUUUGCCGUCAUGUCCUCUGCAUCACACCUAUCUCUCUCUUUGUUUCUUUCUCUGCACUCUCUUCAUCUUCCUCCCUCCACGAUGUCUGCAUUUAUUUUCUCUGUUGCCAAAUGCUUAUAGCCAAAGAUGUUCCAGGAGGAUUUUAAUUUGAUCCGCAGACAUCAUCACUGUAAAGUGUGUGUGUGUGUGUUUGUGUGAACCUGUCCUCGAGUUGUGUGUUGAUCCUGUCAUCGCUGUAGUAGCUCCUUUUAAAUCCAGCUCCUUGGUUCUCGACCUGCCGACAGUAAUCACACAGAACAAGAACACGUGACUCUUGUGUUGGUCCCAUCUGUCUCACAGGGACGUUUACAGCUGGAGACACAUCAACAGUAGUAAGAACCAGUGUCGUCCUUGUUGUGCGUGUCUCUUGUGCGGUGGUAAUUGUUGUCACAGAGCCGUCAUUGAAAUAUUUACCAUUGUUUCCCUUUGCGUUCUGGACAUUUGACCCCAUUUUGAAAACGAGAAUCAGUUGCUCCUUCAAGAUGCUCGAGUGUAGGUUGCCCCCCCCCCCCUCCUCUAAUGUAAAUGUUUAAAUUCCCUUUGAUUAUAAGCGACUGAAUAAACUGUGUAUUAAUGUCAAUACACAUAUUUUCUGUUAUUGUACCUUCUUAAAAUCCCAUUUGCUUUUUAAUCUUGUCACAGUUGCUUGAUUUGUGAUUGAGCUUGUGUACGUGAACAUUUCAUUUAGUUGAGAAUUAAAUGCAUAAAUGGGACUUUAACAAAAUAAAAAACGGGUGAGAUUUAUUGUUUUGAGGUAGUGUCAUGUAGAAGAGUUUUUAAAACUUCCUUCACAGUGUUUUCAUGUACUAGUUCAUUUGCUGAUUUUCAAUAAACAAAAACAAAAAGAGUAUGAAAGACAGAAGAAGACAAGACAACUAAUCCUUGGGUAAUUACAACUUCUAAUCAUCAGUAAACCUCUUUUUAGAAUCACAACUAGUCUUAACUUACAAUACCUUUCUUUUUCGGCUUUGAAUUUAAUCCAGAAUUCCUGUGUUCUUUUAAUUUAGAUGAAGACCAAGCUAAAUAUGAGCAGUUGGAUUUCUGUCAGCUUGUGAUUCCAGUUGUUUUCUCAGCCUAACUGUUGAAUUUCUUCUAAUGUAUUUGGCUUCUGGAGUUGACGUUGAUGUACAGAUGCUGUAAAUAGUUGUGCUCUUGUUCUGGUGUCUUCUAAUUUACGUACAUCUGACGGCUCGGUACAGACACGACUGACUCAGGCUCCGGCUGAGUGGUUUCACGUUUAUUUCCUCGAUGCUAAUUCCAGUGAAAUCUCAGGAGGAGGGAUCUGCUCAUUAAUGAUCACUGGAACGUUUAGUUUUCCUUGUCAGACUGCUCGGUAUCAAAACUUUUUCAUGUGCAAUGCAGAGGCAGCGUGUUCACAGAUGUAGAUAAACCUGCUUCAGAAACGUGUUUCGACAAGUAGAGUGAACCGUCACAUUUUGGAGUCGAGCUUCAGUUUGUCGCUGGAUUUUACGUGUUUACACCAGAAAAACUAAAAUCCCCCGGAUUCAGCUUCUCUUGUUGCCAAACUGCCUCGCUCAGCGAGGUGAUGUGGUUCCUGGAGCCAGGAGCGAUGAUUCUCUGAGACCGGUAACUCUGGAGCUGAUGUGAAAUAAACCUACAGUGAUAUUCUAACAUUUUUGCUACCAUUUGCUUUUGUGCAAAUCAAAAUCAACAAGAAAAAAAAAUCUAACACAAAACUGUUGAACAUUGUGCCUCAUCUCCCACCGAGCCUGUCUUUGACUUUUGUCUCUCUCUCUUCUGUUAAAAGGAAAAAAACUUCUUGUACAUACGAUUUGACAAUGCAUAUGAACUGCAUCAUUGUACAGUAUGUGUGUGUGUGUGUGUGUGUUACAGAGAAUAUCAAUAAGCUAACAUGGUGUCAUGGCCGUCUCAGAUGUUUCUGGUUGUCCUGUAGAGAAUGACAGGUGGGGUUUUCUAAGAUGAGGAUUUUUCAGGUUUUCUUCACCACGUCAAUGUUUUUAUUAUCUGAUCUGUUUCUGUUUUUUGUGUGUUUGUAUGGACAUUAAAUACCCAAAACCGUGCAAAUCCUCACAGGCCUUUUAGAGCUCUUGAUAGUUUAUGUGGAAAACAUGAUUUUAGAAAUGCUACUCUGCCAAAACCAAAAUGUAGUUGUGCAGAAGAUUUUCUCAGAAAAAAGGAUAUUGUGUGUCAGGAAAUUGAAUUAAAACCUGAGAGGAAACGGUUCCUUUUCUCCCUCCGCCCUUCACAGAGUUUGAAUAAAUUGUUAAUUUCCCAAAAGAGCUCAUUGGAAGCAGAUGGGUCACAGACAAUGAGACAAAAGAAACAAAAAUAUCUGAAAGCUGGAGGCAGAAUGUGAGUGAAGUAAAUCAAAUGACUAGUUAUUAGUGGAUUUGAGGGAUGAUCCCGCUUUUGUUAAACUCAGCGCUGCACAACAGACGGCUGAUUCAUGUGUUGGAGAUGGUCUGUUGCAUGCUGGGUAGUUAAUCUCACCCAAACUCAGGUGGAAACAUCACAUCCUGGUUUUAAAUCAGAAAACGUCAAUCCGGAACUUCUGUGUGGUUUUCAUUUUCAAUUAUUUUCAGUUGUUAUAUGUCGCUGAGCGGACGAAUGGCUGAUUGUGAUAAUUUCAGUGUUAAUCUCACGCUAAUGCUUCUUAUUGUCUGUUCUUGGUAUCAAAUGUUCCGUUAUCUCCCUUAUUCCCUGGACUCUGAACCCGUUUCUGGAAAUGGGUCCCUUAUGCUUAAUUAAAUCCUGUAAAGUUCAUUGGAAUGUGGCAUUUUUAUAUUUUAAAUACUUUAACUUUGUGUAUUAAAAAGUACAUGGAUUCAUUCAGCAUGUCCACUGACAAAAACGGCAAUAACCUUUGGAUGUAGUGGAGUUGGUCGACUGAUGAUGGUCGUUGAGAUGAGCUGCUGCUGUGCGUUGUUUAGAAGAAAAACCAUCAAUGCAACAUUUGGACUUUUCUGAAAUCAAAUGUUCAUUGACGACAAAGUUCAUUUUAUGUUUGUGCAACCAGGAUAUGAAAAAAUCAAAUAAAAAAUGUGGAUGUCAAUGAUAA